AUGGAAAUAUCUUUGAACAUGAGUGGCUACGUAGAAGAGUUCAUGAAAGCUCUUGAACCGUUCUUGAAGGUAACUUCUUCUCCAGCUUCAUCACAACCAAUAUCACUAACUCAUGAUAACCUAACCAUACCGGUAUCUAACCAAACCGGACCACUUGGGCUAAACCAGCUCACUCCCACUCAAAUCCUCGAAAUUCAAACAGAGUUACAUCUCAGACAAAACAAAUCUCACCGUCGAGGCUGUGGUGACCAUAACCUUCAUAUUCUCAACGCUAAACCAAUGAAGAAAACCGAUGUAACUAAAUCGGUUAAACUAUACCGAGGCGUUAGACAACGGCAGUGGGGAAAAUGGGUUGCUGAGAUUCGGUUGCCUAAAAACCGAACCAGGUUAUGGUUAGGCACGUUCGAAACCGCGGAAGAAGCUGCAUUAGCUUACGACCAAGCUGCUCAUAAGAUCAGAGGUGAAAACGCUCGUCUCAACUUCCCUAACAUUGCUGGUCGAGGAGAAUACAAACAGACAUUGUCCCCAUGUGUCAACGCUAAGAUCGAAGCCAUAUGCAAUAGUAGUUCAGUACUUCCCAUGUCUAAGCUCAAAAAACCGGCAAAAAUAGAGGAAGGGUUAUUAGGUUUUCAUUACACGGGUUCUGAAAUGGAGCAAGAACGCGAAGUUUUAGAUAACUUCGGAUACGGGUCGGGUUCUUCUCCUGAGUCAGAUAUAACGUUGUUGGACUUCUCUAACGAAUGGGUGAAAGAAGAUCAUGAGAGCUUUUGCAUGGGUUUGCAGAAGUAUCCUUCUUUUGAGAUUGAUUGGGACGCUAUAGAUCAACUCUAA